AACCAAGAGUUGACAAAAUUUAUUUUCAUUUAUUGUUUGUUGAUCGAAUCGGAUAUUAAAAUGGCCAUUCGAUGCCAGUUUGAGAGUAGUAGUGAAGUCGGUGUCUUCGCAAAGUUGACAAGUGGUUACUGUUUAGUUUCCGUAGGCUCUUCAGAAAACUUUUAUUCAGUUUUUGAAGGAGAGCUUGCUGACCAUAUUCCUGUCAUUCAUACCACUGUUGGAGGAGGCUGUCGUUGCAUUGGUCGCCUGGCUGUCGGCAAUAGACGUGGCUUACUGCUUCCCAACUCUACAACAGAUCAGGAACUCCUUCAUAUUCGCAAUAGUCUUCCAGAUUCUGUUGUAGUUCAGCGUUGCGAAGAGCGUCUUAAUGCCCUAGGAAACUGCAUCGUGACUAACGAUUACGUCGCCUUGGUUCAUCCCGAUUUGGACCGUGAAACAGAGGAGUUGAUAGCGGACGUUUUGGGGGUUACUGUUUUCAGACAAGACAUUGCUGGGGAGGCAUUGGUAGGAAGUUAUUGUUGUUUAACGAACCAGGGAGGCUUGGUUCAUCCACUCACCCCAAUUGAAGACCAAGAUGAGUUGUCUACUCUUAUAAGGGUUCCUUUAGUGGCCGGAACAAUCAACAGAGGCAGUGAGGUUAUUGGAGCAGGACUAGUUGCGAACGAUUGGAGUGCUUUUUGUGGUUUGGAUACCACUUCAACAGAAUUAUCAGUUGUGGAAAGUAUUUUUCGACUUCGCGAUAUGGAACCUGUUUCAUUUAUGAGUGAAGCAAAGCCAUCACUGAUAGAAAAUCUUGCUUGAGUUUGCGUUAUUAAAAGUCUUGAAGCUUGUGCUUGCAAUACAAGCUGAACCAAAGGGAUUGAAUAUUUGA